AGGAGAAGGAGAAGGAGGAGAAGAAGGAGGAGAAGGAGGAGACCAGUGGAGCUGACCCCGCGAAGGGAAGGCGCAGGCGCCGUCAAAGGAGCAGGGAAGCCUCAGUCGAGAGCCAGCGGGAGCCGCACAGCGAGGAGGAAGCAGAAGCAGCGAGCAGAGUUGCAUCAGCCGAUAGCAAAGUCUCGGAGGAGAGCAAGACCUCCAACGGGCAUGCGAAAGUGAAGAAGCACACGUCCUUCCGACCGGAACCGUUGGAGAUCCCGACCACGACCCAUAGCCAUGAGAUCUCUCCCGCAGACGAGGGCUCUCCGCGCACCAACGGCAACGAGGGAGGAAGAUCAGCGCACGACAAGCAAGACAAGAGGUCGGAGGAGCGGACAUCCGAGCAAGCAAGAGGCAGCACUCAGCACGAGAAGAUCGUACAGAUCGUUGUGGAAGGUACUGACGAGCUGAAACCCAUGAUCUACCUUAAGCACCCGGUCGUGCGCAUUUCACUCCUUGACGCCAACGAUGGCAACCCAGUGAAGAAAUCUCGGAGCGACAGGAAUGCAGAGUCAGAGCAGCAGCACAUGACGGCGAAGGGCUUCGAUCGCGUGCUCCCCAUCCUCACUCAGCCGUUCGACUUGUCUCAGUGCCUGGUAGAGGGGAAGACGCUCAAGUGCGAGUGGCAGGAGCCGAUCGUCUUCAACGAGAACAUCGAGUACUUCCUGGGGGAAAACCAUGUCAUCAUGUUCGAACUGAUGGACUUCCCCAUCUCAAAGGAUAGCUUCUGGCAGCAUAUCGCCUGGUCGUUCAUCCGGCCGAAUCAGGGGAGCAACGGCUGUAUCAAGCUUGAGAGGACUCUGAGACUUCAGCUGUACAAGUACAGGAAGUGCAAUUGGGUACCGUACAAGAGCACGUUGUACGUGAGCAUUUCGGGGAUCCCCCUCCCUGAGAGCUCCUAUGUCCAGCUGCGGCCCACCAUGCCGUGGGAAAAGGAGAAGGGGGAGGACAACUUCGACUUCAAGGAGGAGAGCGAGAACGUCGGGAAGGAGUCGAAGAGGACCUCCAUGUAUGAUCAGAGCAUGGAGAGAGCACGGCUCGGGUCCCGAUGGAUCGGUGCGAGUGGCAUGUGGUGCCGGGUACCCAACAGUGUGAUGCACAAGUUUGACUCCGACUACCGAGGAGGAUACGCCCUCUCCUUCUCGGGCCUUGGGACAUACCUGGCGUGUGCGGUAGGGGGGCGGCAGUACUACAACAUCCGCAUCUUCAACGUUGCCAACGGGAUCCUGACAAAGACUUUGAAAGGGCACCAUGAGAUAGUCUACGACAUCGUCUGGAGUGAACAUGAUCCCCUGAUCCUGACGGCAUCCGCAGACACCACUGCCAAGGUCUGGAGCUUCGAGUCGGAGUCGGUGAUCGCUACCUGUCACCACCCCUCCUACGUCUACUGCGCCAGGUUCUGUCCGGGGCCCGACGGGAGCAAGGGAGGGACUGAGAAGGAAAAGUCUAUCCAGUCAACUUCGUACGUAGUCACGGGCUGUUUCGACAAGAACAUCCGCCUGUGGGACGUGAGACGGGAGUCCCUUGACGCCGACGGGUCAGCUCAGGUUCUGCAGAUCAUCGCCGGCCACUCCUCCCACGUGAACGCCCUGCACGUGCAUCCUGUCAAGUCGCAGAUGGUGAGUGGGGACGCGACGGGGCGGCUGGUCGUCUGGUCGCUGGUGAACCACUCCUUCGACGUGGUACGAGACAUCACGGAGCCAGAGAUGUCGUCGGCUGUCAACUGCAUCAGGAUGGACAGCGCAGGAAAGAAAAUAUUCGUGCUUGCUCGUGACAACUCCCUGCGCCUUAUCGAUACGGACCGGUGGGCUAUCACCCAGCGGUUUGCGGGGGUCACCUGCUCCACCCAGUCGAUCAAGUUUGACCUGAGCCCCGACGGCAAAUACCUCAUGUCCGGGUCGGAAGAUGGUCAGAUCAUGGUGUGGAAUGUUGAUACAGGAGAGCAGGACACUUCCCUCGCGUCUCACAAUAUGCACCGAGUGCAAGGAGUCUGCACGGACGUGGCAUGGAACCCAACAGACAGGAUAAUUGCAGCGUGUUGCUUCAGCCGCAGGCACCCCAUCCUCGUCUACAGGUACGAGAAGGAGGCAGACGCGCACGCGAGCGAGGAGAUGCCCGACGACGAGCUGCGGGAGGUGCUGGAGGGGAAGUUCAACGGGCUUGCGGAGGCGUUUGCGAAGCUGGAUCAGAGUGGGGAUGGGAAACUUCAGUUCGAAGAAUUUCGAGAUGGAGUCAGACAGAUGGAGCUUGAUCUCACAGAGGCUCAGAUUCUCCGCAUCUUCAAGACGGCAGCCGGGUCGGAUGAUGAAAUCAGUGUGGACGAGUUUGUUCGCCGCUACGCUCCUGCUGGGACCCUGGAAGCGAUCAAGACAGCCAAUGCAGUAAAGAGAGCAAAACAGAAACGAGCUACAAUGGGAGGCGUACAGAGCACACCCAAGACAGCAGCGCUCCUGAGCCUCUUUGACGACUGAGCAUGUAACAACACAAGUGAAAUUCGCAUGUCAAGUAACGAAUAAUAAUCAAUGCAUAUCUG